AUGCCCGUCUAUGACUCUACAAAUACCCAGUUUCCCCAGACCAAGGAGCUAAAUGAAACCAUUUGUAGUUCGCACAACUUAUCAAUGGCUAGUAGAGUGGAUGGUGCUAAUACGCUGGGGCCGUGGGGAGGAUCUGGCGGGACCGCAUGGUCGUUUGAGAAUGCUCAGACGAUCACCAAAAUCAAAAUUAGCGCAGGACGUGCCGUUGAUUCAAUUACCUUCCAGUACAUGGAUGGCGAGAUAGCCUGUUGGUCCCCUAGGUACGGAGGUGACGGGGGCACGCCUACGGAGAUUGAGCUUGGAUCGGCCGAGUUUAUCAUCUCCAUGAAGGGCUACUAUAGUACUCAUAGAGGAUACACAAUCAUAUAUUCACUCACUUUUGUUACCACCAUUCGUGAGUAUGGCCCUUAUGGCCGAGAGCAAGGAACUCAAUUUUCUAUUUCGAAAGGUGUAGGUUGGAUUAGCGGCUUCCAUGGACGCUCGGGUGGGCUACUUGAUGCAAUUGGGGUGUACAAGAAAACAUCUUUUGAGUGUGGAGUUGUUAAGGUGGGCCCAUGGGGUGAAUUAAAACCACAAAAUUUACGGGAUAUCGAGUCGAUUAACUUCCAGUACGUGGCUGAUGGGGUGGCCAAAUGGUCUUCCAACUGGGGCAGCGAAUCUGGAUCCAUGGCUGAGAUUGAUCUCGGAAACAAUCAUUAUCUUACAGCUAUAUCCGGCUACUAUGGCAAUUAUCAUGACUGCAUCGUCAUAACGUCGCUUACAUUUGUGACCACCAUGAGCACCUAUGGGCCAUAUGGUCCGAAUGAAGGAACUGCUUUCUCCCUUCCUAUGAGAGCUGGAAAAAUUGUUGGCUUCUUCGGAUAUGCAGGUCAAUGGCUUGAUGCUCUUGGGUUCUACUUGAAGCCCGGCUUAGUUAUUCCAGAUUAGCUACGGAUCUCUACUUAUGGUUGCAUUGUAAUGAAUAAUGGAGAUGCUAUGUCUAGACUCCUUUUGUUGUUGUCUUGCUGAUUUGGGCUAUCAUGUAUGUUUGCUUAUGAUCUAUCCCUUCGUAACUAGUAUAGUUGUUAA